AUGGGCAUACUCAGUAGAGCAUUCAGUACAGCUGCUCAUACACCCUUCAGGCUGGCUAUUGUUGGAAGCGGACCAGCAGGAUUUUAUACGGCGCAACGAGUACUGAAAGAAUGGCCCAACACUCAAGUUGACAUGUUUGACAUGCUGCCUGUACCCCACGGAUUAGUCCGUUUUGGAGUAGCGCCUGAUCACCCAGAAGUCAAAAAUGUCGUGUCAACUUUUGAUAAAGUAGCAGUGGACCCACGUUUUCGUUUCUUUGGCAAUGUGCCUAUUAGUAAUAAGCCAGGUGCUUUGAGCUUUGCCAACUUACGUCCACACUUUGACGCCAUUCUCUUAUCGUAUGGCGCUAGUGAAGAUAGAAAAUUGAAUAUUCCCGGAGAAAAUGCGUAUGGUGUCGAAUCGGCGAGAACAUUUGUGGGAUGGUAUAAUGGACAUCCCUUUUAUCGUGACCUUCAAUUGCCAUUAGACGACACUGAUACAGUUGUUGUGGUGGGGCAAGGCAAUGUAGCAUUAGAUAUUGCACGUAUUUUGUUGAGCCCUAUUGAUGAACUUCGGAAAACAGAUAUAACUGAGUAUGCCUUAGAGACAUUAUCCAAAAGUAGAAUCAAGCAUGUCCAUUUGAUCGGCCGUAGAGGGCCAGUACAGGUUUCCUUCACUUCGAAAGAAGUGAGAGAACAAAUGUCAAUCCCUGGUGUACAAUUCAAAGCAGAUAUGGACUUGAUCAGAAAAGAGAUUGCAGAUUCGCAACCUCUGCUUAGUCAAAACAGGCCACUGAAACGUUUGAUGGGUCUGUUAGAGAAAGGAUCAGGUCAACAAGGUGACAAAUCCUGGACGACUCAAUUUCUGCGGAGUCCUGUAGAAAUAUUACAAAAGGACCAAAGAGUAGUAGGCAUUAAAUGCGAAAUCAAUCGACUUGAGGGUCCAUUGGAGAAAAGAAAAGCGGUUGGCACUGGCAAGUACGACAUUACUAAUUGUGGUAUGGUAUUAACGAGCAUUGGGUACAGAAGCGUUGCAAUGGAAGGUGUGCCAUUUGAUGAACGUCAGGGCCGUGUACCUAAUCUGUUGGGCAAGGUGUUGGAGAAUGAAGCAGAAGUACCUGGAUUGUAUACAGCUGGAUGGUUAAAGCGUGGUCCUUCAGGAGUCAUCGUCUCAACCAUGGCAGAUGGCUAUGAAACAGCGGAUACGAUUUUACGUGAUUUGAAAAAUGGCAAGCCGAUGUAUAACUCCGAGAGUGAAAAGUUAGGAGCAGACGGUUUGAUUGACUUGAUGAACGAGCGUUCAAUCCGACCUGUAACCUAUUCAGAUUGGAAAAAAAUCGAAGCAGCCGAAUUUGCUUUAGGCGAGAAAGUAGGCAAACCUCGAGAAAAAUUUUCCAGAAUUGAAGACAUGCUGAAUGUGUUAAAGUAA